AUCGAUAGAGUUCUGUAUAAAGGAGUCAAAGGGGCGAUCAAUAUCAUGAAGACAGCGCUUCCAGUGGAGCCACAAAUCGGUCGAAUUGAUCCGAAUUUCGGCGAACGAAUGGUCGCCGAAAACGAAAGGAUAACCAUUUCGUCGAUCGGCACAGAAGUCGAGACCAAUCACUGCAUGCAAUUGGAGCGGAAGCUCAACAUUUGGGGCGAGUGUUGGCCCACAGAUGAGACACUUAUGGACUCAUUUGACUCGAGACGAGACGUGACGGUUGGCCACGAGUUAUGCGAAGAGAGCGCAUCCAGUAUUAGCUCACGUCUGGGUCCGCGAUCUCGAGGCGACGGCUGCGAAGACCCGACCAAUGAAUCUCAAGAAGUCUGUAAUGAGAUGACGGAGAAUAUCACCGAAAUGGUGAACCAGAACUCGGAACUCACGACAACUACUUCUAGUCAUGCCAUCAAUUGUCUCAUACUUUUGUUGUCAAACAAAUCGGAUCCGAUUCGACGUCUGAUUCCUACAGAUCUCUUGGAAUUCAUAUUUGGCUCAAUUCUCCAAAAAUAUAUUAACCAUUUAUUGGCAGUAUUUGUGACGAAAGACGCGGUUGUGAAGCACAUCCAUUCCCUGCACUCAUCCAUUUGGCCACCGGUUCCAAGCGGUGACUCCUUUGACGUACAAAACGAAGUACAAACCGAACCGAACGUACAAAACGACACUUAUUUGGACCAAACCGUCCGUAUUCUGGAUUCGCACGUGAAAUACACGUUGAAUUCAAUGAACGCCUACUUGUCGUACAUUUCGGACAAACUAUCGAUCGAUCGGUUUUUGUCGAACUCUUUAUCGAAACUAACGAAUCGAAACUCGAAUAAACUAUUUGUUUACCGAUUCUUAGAACUGCUUCUCAAUGAAAUACAAGUCAAAUGA